AUGUUCGCGGACAAGUUGUUUGUAGUUGUUGCGAAUAAUUUUUUCACAAUCAUUUCUUUAACAAUUGUAACAUAUGUAAUUCAAUUUUACAUUAAUUAUUUUAAUCGAAAAUCAAAACUUCCCGGACCUUUGCCCGUACCAAUUCUUGGAAAUUUACAUCAAAUUGGGAAUGAUUUUCCAUUAGCGGCAGAAUCUUUUCGUCAAAAAUACGGGGAUCUGUACGAAUUUUAUAUGGGAAGUACGCGUCAUGUCGUGAUUAGUAGAGCCGAUUUAGCAGAAAAAGUAUGGGGACCUUUAUCGAUUAAAAAUACAAAAUUCAUCAUGCGUAACGCAUAUUCUGAAGGUGUUGAUGAACUUGGAUUAGGUACCAGGGGAAUGGUAUUAAAUCGAGAUAUUGAAUCUUGGUCAUUUAAUAGAAAGUUCUUGGUUCAAAGUACUUCAUCACCAUCAUUCUUACGUGAAGCAAUUAAAUUGACAAGUAAGGUUAAUGAAGAAGUCUUUAAAUAUUGGAGGAUCAUGGAAAAAGUAGGAAUGCCAAUUUCAAUUCCUGAUUGGAUGGAUGUUAUAGGAAUUGAUGUUGUUGUCACCACCGCGACGGGAAAAAGGAUGUCUUCAACGGCAGAAUUAUUCAACAAGUUAAAUGUUAAUGAACAAAAAUCUGAGAUAAAAGGAAUGUGGAACAAUGGUAUAAAAUUUGCUGAAGCGAUCUUUACUUAUAAUGAAUCAAUGGCUUUCAUGAUGUUGCUAUCACCAUUCAUUCGAAGGAACUUUCCUGGAUUUAAAAGCAUAAAUCAAAAAUACUUGGAUAAUAAAACUUGGAUAAAUGACCAAUUGGAAAAGAUGAUUUCCGAAAGAAGAAAAGAAAUUGAAAACACUCCUUUGGAUCAACCCCUUGAACCCUCUAUUCUAACCAUAUUACUUACGACAAAUACGGAAAGAGAUUUAGAAAAGAUUAGCGUUGGUAAAAAUGAUCAACCGUUAGCGAACGAUCAAUUAAGCUCAAUAUUACGUGAAGUGUUUACCGGUGGAUUGGAUACUACUUCAAAUACUAUAUCAUACGUUAUUUACUUUAUCGCUAAAUAUCGUGAUAUUUAUUUGAAAAUACGAGAUGAAGUAUUAAAAGUUUAUGGUACACUUGAUAAUCCUAAUAUCGUACUUGAAUCUUUUGAAAAACUAAAGUACAUGGAUGCUGUAAUUCAAGAAUCAAUUCGCUCCUUUCCUACAAUAUCAGUAAUAUCUCGCGCUGCAACCGAAGAUGUUGACUUUGAUGGAUUUACCAUUGAAGCUGACACAACAGUUUAUACGAAUUUGAAAGCGCUGAGUAAUAAUCCUAAAUACUUUACAGACCCCGAAAAAUUUAAUCCGGAUAGAUUCUUAAAUGAUAAAGGAUCGAUGGUUAAAUAUUCUUUUCUACCUUUUGGCAAUGGUGUACGUAUGUGCCCUGGUCGUGCUUGGGCCAUGGUUCAAAUGAAAACUUUUUUGAUUAAAUUGGUUUCUACAUUUGAUAUUGAAUUAGUUGAUAAAAAUGCCGAAGUAAAAUAUAAGUAUGCUACAGUAAAUCGUCCUGUAGACAUAAACCUUCAUAUCAAGGCUAGAAAAGAUUAA